GUGCGCGCGGCGCGGGCGGAGGCUCCGGCGCCGCCAUCAUGUCGACGGCCAUGAACUUCGGGGCCAAGAGCUUCCAGCCGCGGCCCCCGGACAAGGGCAGCUUCCCGCUGGACCACUUCGGGGAGUGCAGGAGCUUCCAGGAGAGGUUCAUGAAGUGUCUGCGGGACAACAAGUUCGAAAACGCCUUGUGCAGGCGCGAGUCCAAGGAGUACCUGGAGUGCAGGAUGGAGAGGCAACUGAUGGCACAAGAACCACUGGAAAAACUGGGGUUUGGAGACCUGAAGGGAACAAAAGCAGACGGACGCUAAAUUUCCACGGGAAGACGCUGUGCUGGUUGUCUAGGACGGAGCCGAUGGCACCAGCCUGUCACCCUGGCGGUCACUUCCAGGGUGGUGGGACUGAGAAGGGCCUCUGGGUGCCCUUGAAGCACCGUGCUGUGUGUGGCUCACAGCUGGGAGGUGGCCCAUCCUCUGCACGCCCAGAUUAUUCUGAGAAAUUAUAUUUCUUCUUAGAUUCUUA